UUCAUUUAGUUCAUUCUCAUCUCUACCGCUUUUCGUUGAGCAAAGUAUUCUCGCUCUGUGGGUCUCGUACAUUACGAAAUUUUACCUUAAACCAUAAGAAAAUUCGUGUUGACUGCCCAGAGUCCGCGAAUUCAACGUAUUUACAUCGAUAAUUCCAAGCCAGUGCUCGUUUCACUUCGAUUGUUUCAUCGUAAAUAGCACCGAUUGCGACAGGGGUGUUGCCCAUCAUUAAAUCGUCAGAUAAGGGUCCAGAGGUGUACGUUCGUUGUUUGGAAGCCGAAUAGUUUUCGAAGAUGACUGAGUGUCAUACGUUCAAUGGCAAUGCCAUAACUUGUCAUGCAUGGAACAAGGAUAGGAGUCAAAUUGCUAUAUCGCCCAACAACAAUGAAGUUUACAUCUACAAACGCGAUGGCAGUGACUGGAAACAGGUGGACGUCCUUAGUCAGCACGAUCUGCGCAUUAUGGGCAUUGAUUGGGCACCGAACACGAACCGGAUUGUAACAUGUGCCGUCGACCGUAACGCCUAUGUGUGGACGCAGAGUGAUGACGAUAAGAAAUGGAAACCGAUGUUGGUGUUGCUUCGAAUCAAUAGAGCGGCGACUUGUGUUAAGUGGUCGCCACUGGAAAACAAGUUUGCUGUCGGUUCUGGAGCUCGAUUGAUAUCGGUCUGCUUCUUCGAAUCGGAAAACAAUUGGUGGGUGUCAAAGCACAUCAAAAAGCCGAUUCGAUCCACAGUCUCUUCGAUUGCAUGGCAUCCAAAUAAUGUUUUACUGGUAGCCGGUUCGACUGAUUACAAAGCGCGAAUAUUUUCCGCUUACAUCAAGGACAUUGAAGAUCAACCGUCACCGACUUCAUGGGGUGCUCGAAUGCCGCUCGGUCAAUUGAUGGGCGAAUUCAAAACGGGCAAUCAAGGUGGUGGUUGGGUAAACAAUGUCAGCUUUUCGUCUGACGGCAAUAAAAUCUGUUGGGUUGGCCACGACAGUUCAAUCAACGUUGCGGAUGCCAAUUCCGGUGGUGCCGUAUUCAAACUGAAAACUGAAUUCUUACCAUUCUUAUGCUGCGAGUGGAUCUCGCCAACGUCGAUUGUCGUCGCCGGUCACGGAUGUGUACCAUUGAUCUAUACGGUCGAUCAGAGCAAUAAAAUUUUCUUAUCCGGAAAAUUGGAUCAGUCGCAAAAGAAGGAAAAGGAGAACAGCAACGCUAUGCGGCACUUCAAGUCGUUGGAUCGGAAUUCACGUGCCGAAAAUACGGACACCAGUUUGGAAUCCAUUCACCAGAAUGCAAUCGCUUGCAUUUGCUUGUACGAAGGGGAUAAUCGUUUGGCGAAGAAGAUUAGUACAUCCGGUCUGGAUGGACAGUUGGUCAUUUGGGAUUUGGUCAAUUUGACGAAUUCAAUGCAAGGACUUAGUAUUUAAAGAAGGUAAAAAGCUUUACACUUUUCUGUUCAGGAUUUUCUUUUUGUAAUUGAAGAAAAAGGCAUUUUCUUGCUCAAUUUAAUUGUUUUGAAUAUUUGAAAAUAAAACCGCAGGCGUACAUAAUGCGCAACGUA